AUGAAGCUAAAUGGGAUCAGUAUCAAUGGUGGGCUUCUCCCAAUUGAUCCAGCAUUAUUUAUGCCACCGGCAAGUGACGGUUUUUAUAUAGAUUCAGGAACAGAAAACAGUCUUCUUGUGGGGAAAGUUUACGACAUUUUGCAACAAGGUAUGGUAGACUACUUUCAAGACUAUUAUGGCUGGCUUCCUCUGAACAGAACUGCUAGACUUGACCACUAUGAGCUUUGCUCUGAGUUACCCAGUGAAGGAAGAUGCUAUGUUCAUUUUGAAGGCACUGCCAAUCUUGAGCUUGAUGAAAAUAGCAUCUUCAAGGUGUUUGACCAAGCAAAUCAGUUCUGCAUGACGAUACUACGACUUGGAAGUAAGGAGGGUCCGAACAUUUUGGGCGCGCUGCAGCAGGCAAACUAUAGGUUCCUCUUUGACGCUGCUGCCUCCAAAUUGUCAUCUGCAAAAGAUAUUUGCUGA